AUGGUAUUGAAAAGCAAAAUGAUUGAAUUUUCCAAAACCGUUUGCAUCGAAACCAUAAAGCCUGGCGACGGAAAGACAUAUCCAAAGAAGGGAGACACCGUCAAGAUUAAUUAUGUUGGUAAAUUCCAAGAUGGAAGAAUAUUUGCUUCCACUCAAGCAGGAUACGCUUUCGAGUGCAAAAUUGGUGUGGGUCAAGUAAUCAAAGGUUGGGAUGAAGGCGUCAUGAAGCUAAGUCUUGGUGAGCAGGCUAGACUCACCAUUCCACCAGAAGAUGCAUAUGGCAGUCAUGGAUUUGGAAGUGUUAUCGGUCCGGAUUCAACAUUGAUCUUUGAUAUCGAACUCCUUGGGAUUUCUUAA